AUGACCGCGCUUGCAAAAGUCACUCACGACGUCUACAACAACCUUGAUCGGGGCUACUGUACAGUCAUGGUCCUCGUCGAUUUUUCACUUGCCUUCAAAUGCGUCAGCCAUCACAAGUUGAAUACAAAGCUUUCCGAAGAAUUUUACUUCUCCGACACCGCAUGUGCUCUAAUCAAAUCAUUCCUAGGUCAGCGAAGUCAGGUGGUGAAUGCAGCAAGCGGCAUGUCCACGGAAAAAGCUGUAUUCGAUGGAACACCACAGGGAUCCUGCCUGAGCGCUCUACUGUUCAGCUUGUACAUCAACAGCCUACCAAGCUGCUUAAAAUGUGCAUAUCAGCUAUACGCUGAUGAUCUACAGCUGUACGUGUCAGGCCCCAUCGAGGAAGUUGAAAAUCUGCUUGCCAAUAUCAACGCUGACCUAACAUCCAUCGAACGCUGGACAAAACACAAUCUUCUAUAUCCGAACCCCAAGAAAACACAGGCGAUCAUAUUUUGUCGAGAAGGAACUGUUACUCCAAUAACAAAUAUACAUUUUUGCGGCGAAACCAUUCCUCUGUCCAAGAAGGUCACUAACCUCGGUCUUCUAAUGGACUGUAACCUUAAGUGGACCCCGCAAAUCAACAGUGUGGUCGCAAAAGUUUUCGGUACUCUGAGCACAUUCCGACGAUUUGCAGCUGUUCUAUCACUUCCUACGCGAAAGAAGGUGGUGCAGUCUGUGAUCAUGCCUUUCUUCACUUACGCCGACGUUGUCUACUACCCUGAGUUGUCAGCAACGCUCAAAGGGCAGCUUGAUCGUUGUUUUAAAGCAGCAACACGUUUCACCCACAACAUUAAACGACGAGAAACAACAGCAAUGUCUUCGACGGCACUUCCACCACCGUCAGGGAGCUCAUCUGGAGGUGCAGGCAUCACCAGUUCCAGCAGUGCCAUAUCAGAACGCAACGGAUACGGAAGCCGAUCGACGGACUACAAGGUUAUGAAGAUUGGCAGAGAUCUCAUCGAACUGACUACUACUAGCUGUAGCAGUAGUCGUGAGAAGGUGGAUAACGUGUCGAACAGUGGUGAUAUGACUAAUUCAGAUCAACCCAGUACGGACUCGGAGGUAGAUCAUAACGAAGAAUCUAUGCUGCGUUCUGUCGAACGACACUAUAUGAUAAAAGUGAAAGGCCAUGGAACAGGUAGACUGGUAGAUGGAGGAGUCGGUGGAAAGAACAGUGGUGUCGGUGGAUCGCCAGAAGCUUGGAGUACUGCCAGUGAUAGCCCUACGCCAACCAACAGUGUUACAGAGCGUCCCAGGGCAAAUCAAGCCCUUUGGCAAGGGUUAGUAUGCGAGGAACAGAAGCAGCUACUUGGCACAGAAGAAGAGUCAUCCGAUAAGCAUAGCAGUCACGAUGAUCAGGAAGCCGAUUUGAAAUAUUUUUAUCAGAUUUCACAAACGCAAAAAGAGUAUUACCUGAAACAAUUUCGGUCCAUACAUGAUGUUCAAGGUUUAGUCAGCGGACAAGUGGCCAGGGUAUUUUUUGAAAAGUCUCGUAUUCCAAGUGAGGAACUCCGUUAUAUUUGGCAAAUGUGCGUUACGCGCGAUGGAGCUAUUAAUCUGGCCGAGUUCACUGCUGCUCUGCAUCUGGUAGUUUUGCGACGGAACAACAUUCCUGCAACACUUCCUGCUUGUUUGAUGCCGAAUUUAUUGCAAACCUCGCUGUUACCUGGUGCGAACAGCGAAAACCAACACAGUGAUAACGGCACCCAGGUAACCGUCGACAAGAAAGAGUACGAGCGUAUUCUGUCGCAUCCAGAACCACUCAAACUGAAUCAUCAACUACCAUCGGCCAGUAGUACGGCUACGGUAACACUGGUAUCGGUUAAUAGCACCGAUAGCAACCCCUCAGCGAUCUCAUCCACUACAAACAACUCGAAAUUAAUAAACACGGUCAGCGGAAGAAAAACUCCAACAAACCUGGCAUCGCCUCCUCAUCAACCGCAGAAAGAAUGGGACGCAUCCAGCAAAGAAUGGACCAAAUUCACAGAAUUUGCUACAUUCAACGUCUCUAGUCCCGGACCAAAGCCGGUCAACUUUGAUAUGCAGCGUACGACGCAGGCAAUAGUUUCUGAUCCUCAAAUUUUACAUCCAGUGCCACUGCGAGUUACACCUGUUGGUACGCGAUUAUCUUCCUGCGCAGGAGAUAUCUUGAUCGUUCAGCAGGACGAUUCUAGUCCGCAACAGCUAGCACAACCGGUCUCCAAUCAACGCGAUUCGCUGACCAGUGGUGAUCUUCGUGCUAUACAGACACCUUAACCGAAAAAGCCUCCGUCGAAGGGAGUCGGCGCCAUUCCGCCUCCUCCACAACAUGAACCAAGUAUAACAUCUUCCAGCGGUUCGACAGGAACUGCAGAUUCUAGUGUCAUUAACCAUAUCACUGGACAGGCACCUGUGAGCACCCUCGCAAAUAGUGCCAGUAAGAUGGAUCAACCUCCACCACCAUUACCACCACCACGACCAGUCCAACACCGUCAUACACGAAGCAGCAGCUUGGAUUUAAACAAGUUUAAACUAAAUACAGUCAGCGGAGCUAGUGCUGGGCUAUCAAAGCAGCUAGACGACCAAUUGCGAAUGCCACCUCCACCGGAGGUUCCAUCACGUGUUACGCCAACGUCCGAACAAUCUCCGCGCCUGGGUUUGCCGAUUUCGCGCAUUUUCCCAAUACAUCGGUGGUGGGUGGUUCUCAUAUGGAAAGCUCUUUUCAAAUUUAUGGGAACCGGAAUGUUCAUUCCGGAACAGAUUCCGUGA